GAAGCCUCCCAGGUGCGGGCGCCGCCGGGACUUCCUGGCGUGCAUCUGUCCUCCCCUUUCACCCCCACGAGGACAGCCGUCAGCAGUUGAAUUGCAUUCAUCUUUCCUUCUUCCUGUGAUUUUAGCAAACGUAUCCCUGGUAACUCGGGGGUGCAGUGCCUAUUUCCCUAGGGUGAGUGCUGACCCUUGCAGUUUACCGUGAGGACAGGAGGGGUGCAGCUUCAUCUUACAUGUGGACAGAAAAAUGGGCCUUAGCAUACCAUCAGCGGGCAGUGGAGCGAGCUCCCUGCAGUCGACACAGAACAGAUUGGGGGGUUUCCACACCUACCAUGUCGACCACGGUUAAGGUUAGUCUGAAUGAUUCCCACAACCAGAUGGUGGUGCACUGGGCUGGAGAGAAAAGCAACGUAAUUGUGGCCUUGGCCCGGGACAGCCUGGCGUUGGCAAGACCCAAGAGCAGCGACGUGUACGUGUCGUACGACUACGGAAAGUCGUUCCAGAAGAUCUCAGACAAGCUGAGCUUCGGCGUGGGGAACGGCAGUGCCGCUGUGAUCGCCCAGUUCUACCACAGCCCUGCGGACAACCAGCGCUACAUCUUUGCAGACGCCUAUGCCCAGUACCUCUGGAUCACGUUCGACUUCUGCAAUACUAUCCAAGGCUUUCCCAUCCCGUUCCGGGCCGCGGAUCUCCUCCUGCACAGUACGGCCUCCAGCCUGCUCCUGGGCUUUGACAGGUCUCACCCCAACAAGCAGCUCUGGAAGUCGGACGACUUCGGCCAGACGUGGGUCAUGAUUCAGGAACAUGUGAAGUCCUUCUCUUGGGGAAUCGAUCCCUAUGACAAGCCAAACACCAUCUACAUUGAACGGCACGAACCCUCCGGUUACUCCACAGUUUUCCGAAGUACAGACUUCUUCCAGUCCCGAGAGAACCAGGAAGUGGUCCUCGAGGAAGUGAGGGACUUCCAGCUCCGGGACAAGUACAUGUUUGCUACAAAGGUGGGGCAUCUCCUGGGCAGUCCGCAGCCACCCUCUCUGCAGCUCUGGGUGUCCUUCGACCGGAAGCCCAUGCGAGCCGCCCAGUUUGUCACCAGACAUCCUAUCAAUGAAUAUUACAUCGCGGAUGCCUCGGAGGACCAGGUGUUUGUGUGUGUCAGUCACAGUAACAACCGCACCAACUUAUACAUCUCGGAGGUGGAGGGGUUGAAGUUCUCCCUGUCCUUGGAGAGCGUGCUCUAUUACAGCCCAGCAGGGGCUGGCAGUGACACCCUGGUCAGGUACUUUGCAAAUGAGCCGUUUGCUGACUUCCACCGUGUGGAAGGGUUACAAGGCGUCUACAUUGCGACUCUGAUCAAUGGGUCCAUGAGUGAGGAGAACAUGAGAUCUGUCAUCACCUUCGACAAAGGGGGGACCUGGGAGUUUCUUCAGGCGCCAGCCUUCACAGGAUAUGGAGAGAAAAUCGACUGUGAGCUGUCCCAGGGCUGUUCCCUGCACCUGGCGCAGCGGCUCAGCCAGCUGCUCCACCUCCAGCUGCGGAGGAUGCCCAUCCUGUCCAAGGCGUCGGCGCCUGGCCUCAUUAUUGCCACCGGUUCAGUGGGAAAGAACUUGGCAAGCAAGGUGAACGUAUACAUCUCCAGCAGUGCGGGCGCCCGGUGGCGAGAGGCGCUGCCCGGACCUCACUACUACGCCUGGGGGGACCAUGGCGGCAUCAUCGUGGCGAUCGCCCAGGGCACGGAGACCAGCGAGCUGAAAUACAGUACCAACGAAGGGGAGACCUGGAAGACGUUCACCUUCUCCCCGAAGCCCGUGUUUGUGUACGGGCUCCUCACAGAACCGGGCGAGAAGAGCACGGUGUUCACCAUCUUUGGCUCCGACAAAGAGAACGUGCACAGCUGGCUGAUCCUCCAGGUCAAUGCCACAGACGCCCUAGGGGUCCCCUGCACAGAGAACGACUACAAGCUGUGGUCACCCUCUGACGAGAGGGGCAACGAGUGUUUGCUGGGACACAAGACUGUCUUCAAGCGGAGGACGCCGCACGCCACGUGCUUCCACGGAGAAGACUUCGACAGGCCCGUGGCCGUGUCCAACUGCUCCUGCACCCGCGAGGACUACGAAUGUGACUUCGGCUUCAAGAUGAGUGAAGAUCUGUUCUUAGAGGUGUGUGUUCCUGACCCGGAGUUUUCUGGGAAGCCGUUUCCCCCUCCUGUGCCUUGUCCCGUGGGCUCUACAUACAGGAAAACAAGAGGCUACCGGAAGAUUUCUGGGGACACCUGUCGUGGAGGAGAUGUGGAAGCGCGACUGGAGGGCGAGUUGGUCCCGUGCCCCUUGGCAGAGGAGAAUGAGUUCAUCCUCUACGCCACGCGGAAGGCCAUCUACCGCUACGACUUGGCCUCAGGAGCGGUCGAGCAGCUGCCUCUCACCGGGCUGCGGGCAGCGGUGGCCCUGGACUUCGACUAUGAGCGCAACUGCUUGUAUUGGUCUGACCUGGCCUUGGACACUAUCCAGCGCCUUUGUUUGAAUGGGAGUACCGGGCAGGAGGUGAUCAUCCGCUCCGGCCUGGAGACCGUCGAAGCCUUGGCCUUCGACCCCCUCAGCCAGCUACUGUACUGGGUGGACGCUGGCUUGAAGAAGAUCGAGGUAGCUCAUCCAGAUGGUGACUUCCGACUCACAAUCAUCAAUUCCUCUGUGCUCGACCGGCCGAGGGCUCUGGUCCUCAUGCCCCAGGAGGGGGUGAUGCUCUGGACCGACUGGGGAGACCUGAAGCCGGGCAUUUACCGGAGCAGCAUGGACGGCUCUGCGGUGCGCUGCCUGGUGUCCGAGGACGUGAAGUGGCCCAACGGCAUCUCUGUAGACGACCAGUGGGUCUACUGGACCGACGCCUACCUGGACUGCAUUGAACGGAUCUCUCUCAGUGGCCAGCAGCGCUCUGUGCUCCUGGACAACCUCCCACACCCCUAUGCCAUCGCGGUCUUUAAGAAUGAAAUCUACUGGGAUGACUGGUCACAGCUCAGCAUAUUCCGAGCUUCCAAACACAGCGGGUCGCAGGUGGAGCUUCUGGCCAGCCAGCUCACGGGACUGAUGGACAUGAAGAUUUUCUACAAGGGGAAGACAGCUGGAAGCAACGCCUGUGUGCCCAGGCCAUGCAGUCUCCUGUGCCUGCCCACUGCCAACCACAGUAAGAGCUGCAGGUGUCCGGAGGGCGUGUCCAGCACUGUCCUGCCGUCUGGGGACCUGAGGUGUGAGUGCCCUGUGGGCUAUCAGCUGAGGAACAACACCUGUGUCAAAGAAGGCAGCGCCUGUCUGCACAGCCAGUUCCGCUGCAGCAACGGGAACUGCAUCAGCGGCAUCUGGCGGUGCGACCUGGACAACGACUGCGGCGACAUGAGCGACGAGAGGAGCUGCCCCACCACCGUCUGCGAUCCGGACACUCAGUUCCGUUGCCAGGAGUCUGGGACCUGCAUCCCGCUGUCCUACAAGUGUGACCUUGAAGAUGACUGUGGCGACAACAGUGAUGAGCAUCACUGCGAGGUGCACCAGUGCCGGGAUGACGAGUACAGCUGCCGCUCUGGCGUGUGCGUCCGCGCCUCCUGGGUGUGCGACGGGGACAACGACUGCCGAGACUGGUCUGAUGAGGCCAACUGCACCGCCGUGUACCACACCUGCGAGGCUUCCAACUUCCAGUGCCUCAACGGGCACUGCAUCCCGCAGCGGUGGGCCUGUGACGGCGACAUGGACUGCCAGGACGGUUCUGACGAGGACCCAAGCGUCUGUGAGAAGAAGUGCAACGGAUUCCGCUGCCCGAAUGGCACCUGCAUCCCCCCCAGCAGGCACUGCGACGGGCUGCAGGACUGCUCGGACGGCUCGGACGAGCAGCGGUGCGAGCCCCUCUGCACGCGCUUCAUGGACUUCGUGUGCAAGAACCGCCAGCAGUGCCUGUUCCACUCCAUGGUGUGUGACGGGGUCGUGCAGUGCCGCGACGGCUCGGACGAGGACGCUGCGUUCGCGGGAUGCUCCCAAGACCCAGAGUUCCGCAAGGUCUGUGACGAGUUCAGCUUCCGGUGUCAGAGUGGCGUGUGCAUCAGCCUGAUCUGGCGGUGUGACGGCAUGGAUGACUGCGGCGACAACUCCGACGAAGCCAGCUGUGACGAGAAGGGCUCAGAAAGCCCUGCAGAAGCCCCACGCUGCUCCCGCUACUUCCAGUUCCAGUGUGAGAACGGCCACUGCAUCCCCAACAGGUGGAAGUGUGACAGGGAGAACGACUGCGGGGACUGGUCCGACGAGAAGGACUGUGGAGAUUCACAUGUUCUUCCCUCACCCACUCCGGGGCCCUCCACAUGCCCCCCUAAUUACUACCGCUGCAGCAGCGGGGCCUGCGUGAUGGACAUCUGGGUGUGCGAUGGCUACCAGGACUGUGCAGACGGCUCGGAUGAGGAAGCCUGCCCCUCUCCCGCAAAUGCUACCACCACCUCCACCCCUGCCCAGCAUGGACGGUGCGGCCGGUUUGAGUUUGAGUGCCAUCAGCCCAAGACGUGUGUCCCCAACUGGAAGCGCUGUGACGGCCACCGAGACUGCGCGGACGGCGAGGACGAGGCUGCCUGCCCCACACGCGGCACCUUGACCUGUGCGAGCCAGGAGUUCCCCUGCGAGGACGGCGAGGCCUGCAUCCUGCUGUCCGAGCGCUGCGACGGCUUCCUGGACUGCUCGGACGAGAGCGACGAGCGGGCCUGUCGCGAUGAGUUGACUGUGUACAAAGUGCAGAACCUGCAGUGGACAGCUGACUUCUCUGGGGAUGUCACCGUGACCUGGAUGCGGCCCAAGAAAAUGCCCUCUGCCUCUUGUGUCUACAACGUCUACUACAGGGUGGUUGGGGACAGCAUAUGGAAGUCGCUGGAGACCCACAGCAAUAAAACCCACGUGAUAUUAAAAGUUCUGAAGCCGGACACCACGUACCAGGUGAAGGUCCAGGUGCAGUGCCUGAGCAAGGUGCACAGUACCAGCGACUUCGUGACCCUGAGGACCCCCGAGGGCUUGCCAGACGCCCCUCGGAACCUCCAGCUGGCCCUGCACCGGGAAGUGGAAGGCGUGCUCACAGCCCGCUGGACUGCGCCCGUCCACGCCCAGGGCCUCAUCCGCGAGUACAUCGUGGAGUACAGCAGGAGCGGGUCCAGGGUGUGGGCCUCCCAGACGGCUGCCAGUAACUCCACCGAGAUACAGGGCCUGCUGGCCCACACUCAGUACACUGUCAGAGUGGCUGCAGUGACGGGCCGUGGAGUAGGGAACUGGAGUGACUCCAAAGCCAUCACCACCACGAAAGGAACAGCGAUCCCACCGCCCAGCAUCCACAUUGACAGCUGUGGGGAGAAUUCUGUGAGCUUCACCCUGAGCACGGGCGGCGACAUCAAGGUGAAUGGCUAUGUGGUGAACCUCUUUUGGGCAUUUGACACCCACAAACAGGAGAAAAGAACUUUGAACUUCCGAGGGAGCAUACUGUCACACAAAGUUGCCAACCUGACAGCCCAGACGCCCUAUGAGAUCUCCGCCUGGGCCAAGACCGACCUGGGGGACAGUGCGCUGGCCUUCGAGCAUGUCGUGACCAAAGGCGUCCGCCCGCCGGCCCCGAGCCUCAAGGCCAAGGCCCUUAAUCAGACUGCAGUGGAGUGCACCUGGACGGGCCCCCGAAACGUGGUUUACGGUAUCUUCUAUGCUACGUCCUUUCUUGACCUCUAUCGGAACCCGAAGAGCUUGACGACGUCCCUCCACAACGGAACGGUCACUGUCAGCAGGGACGAGCAGUAUCUGUUCCUGGUUCGCGUGGUGGUGCCUUACCUCGGGCCGUCCUCGGACUGCGUGGUGGUGAAGACGAUCCCAGACAGCAGGCUCCCACCCCGCCACCUGCAUGCAGUUCACAUCGGCAAAACCUCUGCUGUGAUUAAGUGGGAAGCCCCCUAUGAUGCUCCUGACCAGGACUUGUUGUAUGCAAUUGCCGUCAAAGAUCUCAUAAGAAAGAGCGACAGGAGCUACAAAGUGAAGUCCCGGAACAGUACUGUGGAAUACACCCUGAACAAGUUGGAACCUGGGGGGAAAUACCAUGUCAUCGUCCAGCUGGGGAACAUGAGCAAAGAGUCCAGUGUGAAAAUCACCGCAGUUUCAUUGUCAGCACCCGAUGCCUUAAAAAUCAUCACGGAAAAUGACCACAUUCUUCUGUUUUGGAAAAGUCUAGCUUUGAAGGAAAAGUAUUUCCAGGAAAGCAGGGGCUACGAGAUCCACAUGUACGACAACACCGUGAACGCCACGGCUUACCUGGGGAAUACUACCGACAACUUCUUUAAAGUUUCCAGCCUGAAACUGGGCCAUAAUUAUACCUUCGCCGUCCAAGCGAGCUGCCUUUUCGGCAGCCAGAUCUGUGGGGAGCCUGCUGUCCUUCUGUAUGACGACUUGGAGUCCGGUGAGGAUGCAUCAGCUCUGCAAGCUGCCAGACCUACCGACGUGGCUGCCGUGGUGGUGCCCGUCUUGUUCCUGAUACUUCUGGGCCUGGGGGCCGGCUUCGCUGUGCUGUAUACAAAGCAUCGGAGGCUGCAGAACAGCUUCACCGCCUUCGCCAACAGCCACUACAGCUCCAGGCUGGGCGCGGCCAUCUUCUCCUCGGGGGAUGACCUGGGAGAGGACGAUGAAGACACUCCAAUGAUAACUGGAUUUUCCGACGACGUCCCCAUGGUGAUCGCCUGACAGCUUCUUGUCUCACUAGAAACCAAAUGGUGUAAAUAUUUUAUUUGAUAAAGAUAGUUGAUGGUUUAUUUUAAAAGAUGCACUUUGAGUUGCAAUAUGUUAUUUUUAUAUGGGCCAAAAACAAAACAAAAAAAAAAAAGAAAAAGAAAGAAAAGAAUGAAUAGACUUUGUAGUAAUCAACUGUGAAUUUCAAACCAGGUCGACUUCAGUCACCAGAUUGCUUCUAUUUGAUAGUAAUGUAGUCUGACAGGGCUGUGCUUGCUGGACGUGCUUCCAAGUCGGUGAGAUAAUUUUGGUUUGAUAAAUUGACCAUUCUUUUUAUUUUUCUAAGACACAGAAAUGUAUUUAAUAAAAACUUCAAGAUAGUGUGGUGGGUAGAAUCCCUCCUCUGGAAUGUAUGCUGCACAUUUUAAAUUUUGUUUGGGUUUCAUGUCUGUGAAAGUGUUUGGUGGGGAAGGUUCUCAUAUGUUCUUUUGUUAAUUUAUUGGGAUUCUGUAUGAGGCACGGCCUCAGGUCAUCUGAUGCCGCACAUGUUCCAAGCCCACAGUGCGAGGGGCGGGGAGCACGAGCGGCUUGUGGCCCUCUGGAAGCGCGCCGUGUUUACUACCACGUGCCACGUGAUGGUGUUUGGCAGGCGAGGGCUGUGAGGCCUCGCUCCACUGCAGUUCAUGGACCUGCAGCUCCAGAAGCCCUGAAAGCAGCUGCUUCCCCUCAUGGAAUUGACGGAAUCUUGUGUCUGCCUCUGUGCAAGACGGGCUUUCGGAGCCACGAGGAUACCGCUUCUUUGUAUACACAGUGCAGAGGAUAUCGCUACUUUGUGUGCACGGUGUCGCUACUUUGUAUACACAGUGCAGAGGAUAUCGCUACUUUGUAUACACAGUGCAGAGGAUAUCGCUACUUUGUGUGCAUGGUGUCGCUACUUUGUAUACACAGUGCAGAGGAUACUGCUACUUUGUAUGCACGGUGUCAUUGUCCCUGCAGAAAGUGUCUCCGUUGUGGGAGAGAGUUCAGAUCUGUGCCAUGGUAGAUACAUCGGCAAAUGUAGUGCCUACAUUUCCAGUUUUGUUUUUCCUUACCACUGCAGAAUCUCAGAUGUGAAGUUUUGUGUUUGUGUUCAGGUAACCACUUGUCCUUCACCAUUCAUGCUGACAUGUGCAGGCAUUUUGAAUUGGGUCGGUGCCUUCUCUGUUUUUAUUUUCUUCCACCUUCCUUGCCCACGUCUCUGCCCAUUUAAAGGGAAAGUGCUCUUCACUCUUACAGCGAUGAAGGAGGUUUAUGCAUUUGAGAUCAUUCAGUCCAGUUCACAGUAGCAGCAACGCCACUCUCCACAAAAUAAGCUGGUAGGUAGGUGUGUGGCAUCCACUGUGGACUGAUGCCCACCUGCAGAUGGAGCGUCGUGCCGGCUCCGGGGCCGAGCAUCGCUGUGACCCGCUGCAGCCCCUCAUGGCCCGGCUGUUCACCGAGAAGCAGUGAGCUCAGGGGUGGUCCAGACCCCUGCUUUGGAAUGUGUCCUUUCCACCCCAGCUUCCUGCUCUCAGUCUCCUCGUAGAUGCAGUGCUUUGCCUUCCCAGGUCUCUGUGCGAGUCGUUGGGUUUUGUAUACAUUCAUUCCACCUAGGGGUUGUUUGAAAACAAAGAGCCAGUUACAUUUCAGUUUAAAUACAGGGUGGAGCAAAAGUCGGUUUACAGUUUAUGUGGAAAACAAUACAAUAAUUAAUAAAUAGUAAUACAAGAAUCAACUCUCUUUUGCAUACUCACAGUUGUAAACCUGCGUUUGCCCACUGCGUAGACACAUUUCUGACUGCAGACGGCCAGUAUGUCGUGUGGGUGACCAGGGGUGGUGAUGAUGAGCCUCCCUCCAGCGUCACUUCUCUCUCUCCUGUGUUGUUUUUCUAAGACUGGAGUGUCUUUGUCUUUGUCUUACCUUACCUUGGAGUUAGUCAGAGCCUUGUCACCCCCCACGUUCAGUAAGCUGAAAGACCACCAGUCUGGUGGGGUGCAUGCAUCAUUUCGUUGGACCACGAGGAAGUAUAUUUCCUCUUUGCUUUUUCUGCCAGCUUUCUGGUGACAUUGUAAAAGCUGAUCUGAAAGGCUCUGGAACUUUAUUUUCAGUUGUUCUGUAGGCAAGGCUUUCUAUCCUGUGUCUCCAGUUGGCAACCUGAGACAGCUCCAUGUCCAGUUGUAGUUCCCAGUGCUUCCCAGGGCUUCGUACACAGCACUGGGACUGGCCGCCACCUCUCCUUGGAAGACGGCGCUGCGCUGCUUAGGGAAAAGCAGCCUUCAGGGCUCGACGCUCACGGAAGAGGGGAGCUGAGUUCCUGAAGACUAAGCGAGAGUGAUGCGGCUGUGUGUCAAUUAUAUAUUUUUAUGAAGUUUCGAAGCAUGCACUCUUUCUUCCCUCGGCAUAGCUUUCGGGGUUUGGUGUAUGGAUGCUGUUUGCAAGAGGCCAGAGGUUGGAGUGGCACCAGGGAUGAAGACAGGGACUGCAGUCUUUGACAGGGACCUGAGGGUCACCUUCUCGGAGACCUGUGGGAGCCCCUGAUCGUUUGUGAAGAAGGGGCCUUUGUAACCUUGUUGGAGAUGUGCACACUGUCCAGGGACUAGGUUUAUUCUCUCCAGAGCCUGGAAGUGCCCGUCCGUGUGACCCAGAACGCACCACGGGAACUGGGCAGGCAGGGUGACUGUGUGCACAUUUCCCCUGGAAGCUGAUUUUGCCCCUUUGUGAAUGAGUGCCCUUGAGCCUUUGGAGACUUGGGUUCAUGCGGACAGAGUGGCAGACAGGAGGGUUCUCUAGAAGCUUCCAGGGAGAAGCCCCACCUCUGCGGGUGUUUCCAGACGUGUGAGAAGCUCCAGGACCUGCGGGCUGCCCGGGCAAGCUGGGGAGUCGUUGCUGAGGAGAUGAUACUGGGCGGCUGGUGCACAGAUCCGACUUCGGGAAGAUGGGUUCCUGGGCUCCAUCUCUGGUGGGGCCACUCGGGUGUGUGGUGGCGGGUGUGGGACAUAGCUGUGUGUUGUCUCCUGCCCAUCCUGCGUGCUCCACCAGACUGAGCUGUACUUCACCUGGGGGGAGCUCGGGAGAGGGAUGGUCCGGUGAGGCCUGUACAGGUGACCAGCCACUUCUGUGCGGAGAAUCUUGCCUUCCGACACUCACCCAGCAGUCACCCCAUCGGGCAAGAUCGUGUUCCCAGCACUUUUGUAGGGCGGAAACCUCACCCCACCAGGUUUGGCUGAUCACUUUCCCAUGAAGGGGUCAUGGUGAGUCUCUGAGAAGAUUUUUUUCUUCCUUCUGCAGAGAGUUGGGAGGUCCUUUAGAGACAGAUCCAGGGUCACAUAAGCCAACUGAAUGUUCCCUCCACACUGGUUUUAGGAAUUGAUUCCAAACUGUGCAGAAUCUUUACUUGUGUUGGGCAUGUGUACUGCCUUUCAGGUACUGUGUUUGAGUAAUAAAGUGCAUUUAGUUUACAUAGAAUACUUCCUAUGCAAGGCAGAUAUGGAACAGGUAGCAAGAGGUCCAUACUGGGCACGAGGACAACACACGUGUUCUCUGACGGGCGUCUCCACUGCACGGGGUUCGAGGGAGCGGGGCCGUGAUGUUUCUGCCCCUGGUUCCUGGAUGAGGCAGAGCAGCCAGGUGCCCUCAGCAGGGCGCCGUCCCCUGUGCGAUGGCCCGGGCGGAGCACGCGUGACCGCCGGAGUGGGACUGUUCUCUCACGUUCCAUGUCAUUUCUCUAAAGAAUCUUGUUAUGAAUUGUUAGAAACUUUAAAUCAAAAGUACCUGCAGCAAAGUAACGACCUACUCUGCUCUUAUUUAAAGCGAAAUGCUGUAACUUGUUUCUCUCCCAGGUGAAAAUAGGCAUUUAUGAUUUCAGUUGCCUUGAGACAUUUCCAAAUCACUGAUUUACGCUGAAGAUUUUACUAUAUUGUUGCACAAUUUCAUGAUAAUUUUUGUCUCAAUGUCAACUUUUUUUCACGGAAUAAAAAUUUAACUGGGUCAGGAAAACACCUGUUUGGAAAUCUCUCCACGUGUGCUGAGUUGUUCUUGUGAGCGCAGUCAAGGUGGCCAGUGCCGUCGCGGAGCAGCGUGUGUGUGGAAGGAUGUUCGUGUCAGACGGAGCACGAGGCCUGGAGCAGGGCUGUUCCGCCGGCCCAUCUCGG